CUCUGUUCUGCUUCCGGUUUGAAAUCAUUUGUGAGAGAUUUUGUGAAAAUCAAAGCAUCAUUUUUGGGUGCUUUUAAGUACACAGAUAAAUAUUGACACUCCUCGUUCAACCUGAAUUGGCGAAGUGACUUCAAGUUUUGCCAGGAGCCAGCAUUGAGAUAAGGAAAUUGAUGUUUACUUGAUAAAAUGUUGAAGACAUACAUGGAUCUUCAACCAUAGUAGUUGUGACAUCCGUGACUUUAUCAUAGAGUUUGGUGUUGGGACACCUAAGGACUAACCUCACUGAGAUCUCAGACAUGCAGUCCGGGGACGGACCAUUCAUGUCCCGAAGGAAAUACCACCUGACAUGGUUCUACGAUUUUGAUAGACUUCUAGACUUUGGUGUCAGUAUGCAGCUAGCUGGAUUUGGUAUCUGUCAUUAAUUUGUUGUUACUGUGGGAUGUAAACAUGGAUAUUAAUCAAACGUGACCACAGAGGGGAACACACAAUCUGUAACGUCACACAUUGUGACCAGCCUGGGGACCGGCCUGCAGUUAGCUUGGUCUGGAUUCCGCUGAAUAUCCUGCAUCUAGUUUUUGGAGCUGUUUGUUAUUCCUGAAUCAUUUCAAUGGAUUAUGAUGACCUACUUUCUUCAAUUCUCUUCAUCUGUUUCUACGUCGUAGGAUACUCCAACGAUCUUCAUGUUUUAAAUCACCUUUUAGUCUCAGACUUAAAAUCUUAGAUAUUUUAAUGGUGUUUUUACCUGUUGAUUAUUAAUGGAUUUAGCCAAAAAUUGUAAGUGUCUAUUCUAAGCUUCAAGCAUUAAUUCUCUCAUCUUGAACUGAUUUUUCUACAUCCUGUUUAUAGACUUAAUGUUGUGUCAUUUUUUUUUUCAUUUUUUUUUUUUUUUUAAUCAAGAAAAUUGAGAUAUUUAGCUGUUGAUUACUUAAACGAACCAUGAAUAUUUAUAGGAUAUAAUCAUGACAAAUUAAGCUUAUAAAUGGUAUGAAAUUAAGAAUUUCUUGAAAAAAUUAGAGGUUGUGAUUAAAUAUAUAUUCAUAAUUGUACUUAUUUUCUUUUUUUUUUAAAGCAUAAUUUUUGAUUCUGCACUCCCAAAAAUGUAAAUUCAUUUUUUUUUAAUUUCUAAAUAAGUUUAAAAAUAUAAUUUAUGUGAAAAUAUGAUUAAAUCAAAUUGACACAACUCCCAAAAGGAUUGCAGUUUAACUAAAUAAUCUGUUUAUAAGUUAAAUAGGGCAUCAUCAAAACAUUUUGAUGUAAUUCAUGUUCCAUAAAGUUUGCUACCGAAAUUUAAUAUUUCUUCAAACUCAUUUCAUAUCGAGUUAUCACCUUAAUAUUUAUUGUUAUUAUUCUAUAAAAGGUAUGUUUUCAUAAAAAGUUUACUCAACGUUGUGUCAAACAGAUCUAUACAAAUUAGUAGAAUCUCGAAACCAUUCUCACUUAUUGAAAUUGCUGUUAAUAAUUGUUAAGAAUUUUAUCAUAAAAUGUCCUAUGUUGGACACAGUAACAAACUGCUCAGAUUUCAACUGUCUUGGAAUAUCACUGUCCUGUGUUAGUCCAAAGCCAUGGAUAUACCAGAGAGUGUGUUGAAUAGCUUGUCGGAGAAGUUUCUACCAGGCAGUGCAGGUAUGAACUUUCCGUCAGCUGACAAUCUGCCGUUGGGGUCCCCCAUAGGAUAUACUUCUCAAGACAGAUUAGGGGCCAGAGGAGGUACAAAUUACUCUGAUCCCCUGUCAGCCAGUUCAGGACCAGGUCUCGAUUAUUCUCUGCAUGGCCGAUUGGCCCAGAAUUCUGCAUCAAGUUAUGUGGAUCGUCAGGCAUCCAGUGGAAACACAGACUUCUCAUUGCCGGACAGAUUACAGUCUGGGGCAGGGUCGAACUACAUACCAGACCGCCUGACCCCGGGGGCUAGUGCCACCAGCUACAGUGUAUCAGACAGACUCACCCCUGGGGCCAGUGCUACAAACUAUUCUCUCUCUGAACGUCUCACACCUGGUAGUAGCUCCAAUUACGCUUUACCUGAAAGGUUAACGGCUGGAGCUGGUACAAAUUAUAGCUUGUCUGAGAGGCUGACUCCGAGUGCAGCAUCCAAUUAUGCCCUGUCAGACCGACUCACUCCAGGCUCUAGUUCAAAUUAUACACUGCAAGAUCACGGACUACCGACCAAUCCAGGGGUGGACUAUACCUCACUUCGAGAGGGAAUGCCAGCUAAUCUAGCAGCGGACUUUGGAGAUAGACCUUCAGCCGGUACUAAUAACUAUGCUUCCGCUUUGUCUGAAAGACAUCCUAAUACUACCAACAAUACAUUUGCUCACUCUGAAAGACUCACACCCAGUUCUAACUACCCAGACAAUCUGGCCAGUGCGAACACAGACUUUUCUCUAUCAGAUCGACUAACACCAUCAGAAAGUGCUAGCUACGCAUUGUCACAGAGGAUACAGAACCCAGUGUACUCUCAACAGGACCGAGUCCAGACCAGCUCAGCAUCUUCUCACUAUACCAACACGGCAGGUGGUCCAAUGCCACCAAGUGCUCACAGUAUUCAGCAGCCACCAACAGCCCACAGCGGCCACAGUGGUCCUCAGAACGCCCACAGUGGCAUGAACUAUAGUCUCCAGCGUGGGCUGCUGACAACCGCCAGCUCCACCUUUCCUACAUCGGGUAUACUGCCAAGCAGUGAGGGAGGCUCCUAUCCCCAACACAAACAGCUGUCAACUACUUCCAGCUACUCCCGAGGACCCCCAGCAGACGGGGGUGCAAGCUAUUCACUGUCUGAGAGUGCAGACCCAAGAUUUCUUGGCUUACCCCCUGGAAGUAGACUGCCCCCUGGAGCAGGCUCAUACACCAGCUCUGAGGGCACAAUGGACGCAGGGAGUCCAUCCUACCACUCAUAUUAUCAACAUCAGGGUAAAAUGUCGCCAGUAUUAAACCCAGAGUUUAUGUACUCUCUUCAUGGAAGAUUUCCGAUGACCUCGAGUCCAUCAGCAUACGGCCAUCCAGAUUCUCAGAGUGCUAACUCCUACUACUCACAACUAGAUAAACUGCCAGGUCGUGGCAACCCUUACUACCCUAUGAUGGACCGCGGGGCUCAAGUAGCCAACAGCUACUACAUGUCGCAACAGCGCCAACUACAAUAUGGCCAGUUCCCACCAGGAAUGAUGCCAUAUGGACAACAACAACCUUCAAAUUAUGAUGAACUAGUAAAACAUCAGCACCAGGGCUAUGGCAAAAGUCCUGAAAAACGCAGCAAGGGUUACGGUAAACGUAAAAUGAAAGAAGAGGACCCAGAUGGGGACGAUGAUUAUGAUUACAGUCUGUGUAAUCACUGGUACAUGGUGUCAGAACAUCGCACUGAUGUGCCAUUUGAGAACAAUUUAACAAAAUCAACGGAGAAAUCUCUGGACGAUUUGGAAUCGAAGGAUAGUGAUGUGAACAGUGUAGCCAUAAAGCAGGAACCAGAAACUAGAAGGCCAAUUCUGACAAUAUUUAAUUUUUCUGUCUUAGACGGUGAAUAUUCUCUAUCGGACCAAUAUUUGAUGCUAGAACAAAAGUUAUGUAAUCAACUUCGAGGGAUCCAGUUUCAGAAGCCAGUGUCCCAUAUCUACAAUCCACUGGUGUACGCGUUCGAGACUCAUGCCGACUUUGUCAGGCGGUUCACCAACAAACAGAAACCUAUACUGUUCCUAGGAAUGAACCCAGGACCUUUUGGAAUGUCUCAGAAUGGAGUACCAUUUGGUGAGGUGGGAACAGUGCGUGACUGGCUUGGGAUACAGGGUACAGUACACAAACCAGCACGUGAACACCCCAAACGACCUGUGAUGGGACUAGCCUGCCAUCGCUCAGAGGUUAGCGGCUCAAGAUUUUGGGGAUUUUUCAAGAACUACUGCAAAUCACCGGAGAACUUUUUCAGGAACUGCCUUAUCCAUAAUAUGUGUCCAUUGGCGUUCAUGGCACGAUCAGGGCGUAACCUCACUCCUCCAGAACUUUUUGUUUGGGACCGAAACAUGCUGACUCAGGCCUGUUCUGCCGCCCUGCUUGAACUCAUAGAUAUGUUCAAUAUCCAGGUGAUAGUUGCGAUCGGCCGCUAUGUCGAAGCACGGGCUCUACAGGCACUCAAGGAGGCCAACAUCACAAAUAUCAAAGUUCACUGUCUGCAACAUCCUAGUCCACUGAACCCGCAGGCAAACAAGGGCUGGGACAGUAUCGCGAUGAGGACUUUACAAGAGUUUGACCUCCUGCAUUACAUUGUCCCUGACCCACCAUCUACCAACGAACAUUCACAGGAAUAAUGUCUGAUUCAUAGGGGCUGGAAACAAUUUGCUGAAAAUGCGUCGUAAAUAUAUAUGGCAGUGUCAAUUUGAAGAGAAAAAUUGUAUAAUUUGGAUGACAGUAUGGGUGAAGACGGUUAUAAAUAUAUCACAUUUUAGCUAGAACAUGUAUUUCGUCCAUAAGAUGAAAAAAAAAAAUUCAAGGUGAUUUUUUUUAAGUUAAAUGUCUUUAUACUUUUUAUUGUGAUCGAGUGUUUCUGUUCUUGUUUUACAUGUUUGUAUGUCAAAGUUUCCAAAGGAAAAUGUGUUUUAAUCAUCAUAAAGUAUACCAGCUAAAA